AACACGACAGAGGAGACUCUAAAAACUUCUUUACAGGGCUGUUCUGUCGCCUCCUUCGCUCCACCUACAACUGUGUCCAAGACUACUCAGUAAAGCUAAACGCAGAAGUUAGAGUGUCCGAGAGGCACGUGAAGGCAGCAUAGGAGUCCUACAUGGGAGGCCUGUGAGUGGGAGGAGGUUGUCGGCGCGUUUCUGUGCGGUGAGGCGGUGCCUUCCCUGCCUGCUCCAGACUGCGGCGGGUAGAGCUGUUCGGUACAGAAAUGGCGGAGGGGGAGUUGGACGUCGACUCGCUGAUUUCCAGGCUUUUAGAGGUGCGAGGAUGUCGUCCAGGGAAGAUUGUCCAGAUGACGGAGGCUGAGGUGCGCGGCCUCUGCAUCAAGUCCCGGGAGAUCUUCCUCAGUCAGCCAAUCCUCCUGGAGCUGGAGGCUCCACUCAAAAUCUGUGGUGACAUCCACGGACAAUACACAGACUUGCUGAGGCUCUUUGAGUAUGGCGGCUUCCCCCCAGAGGCCAACUACCUGUUCCUGGGCGACUACGUGGACAGAGGGAAGCAGUCUCUGGAGACCAUCUGUCUGCUGUUGGCGUACAAGAUCAAAUACCCCGAGAACUUCUUCCUGCUCAGGGGCAACCACGAGUGUGCCUCCAUCAACCGCAUCUAUGGCUUCUAUGACGAGUGUAAACGCAGAUUCAACAUCAAGCUGUGGAAGACGUUCACCGACUGCUUCAACUGCCUGCCCAUCGCUGCCAUAGUGGACGAGAAGAUCUUCUGCUGUCACGGAGGUCUCUCUCCUGACCUACAGUCUAUGGAGCAGAUCAGACGCAUCAUGAGACCCACAGAUGUGCCUGACACAGGCCUCCUGUGUGAUCUGCUGUGGUCUGACCCAGAUAAGGACGUCCAGGGCUGGGGAGAGAACGACCGUGGCGUCUCCUUCACCUUUGGAGCUGAUGUGGUCAGCAAGUUCCUGAACCGCCACGACCUGGACCUCAUCUGCAGAGCCCACCAGGUGGUAGAAGAUGGUUACGAGUUCUUUGCCAAGCGGCAGCUGGUGACUCUGUUCUCGGCUCCAAACUACUGUGGAGAGUUCGACAAUGCAGGCGGCAUGAUGAGCGUGGAUGAAACCCUGAUGUGCUCCUUCCAGAUCCUGAAGCCAUCUGAGAAGAAAGCCAAGUACCAGUAUGGAGGAAUGAACUCUGGUCGGCCCGUCACUCCUCCCCGCACAGCCCAACCUCCAAAGAAACGAUGAAGGACGGAGGGAGGAAGAGACAGAACGAGAGAAAGAUGAUGGCAACAAUUGUCUCCCGUUGGCUUUUCACAACAUAAGUAAAAGCAACACUUGGCAGAGGAGAAAACAGAUGAACACAACUGUUUUAAAAGACACACCCACCCAAACCUGUCUUUCAUUAAAAUUUUUAUUUCUUUAUCUCCCUCUGAACUGCUGUCACACACUCUUCUUUUUCCUCAAUGCUUUUUUUUUUUUUCUCUGCAUCUGUGUAACAUUUUGAAAAACAAGCGUUAAAAGAAAAAUGAAAAACAUGAGGGUAUCAUUCUGUAGCAUAUUGGAGUGUUUCUUUUUUGUGUCUUUUUGUCCUUUUGCCUUUUAUUUUUGAAAACAGAAUGACAGCUAGUUUAGUUUACCACAUUUCCUUACUUCCCUGCCUGUACAGACACAACAGGUAUUAAUGAUGACUGCUGGGUUUUCAAUAAAUAAUACAGGGAAUAAAUCCA